UGGUGCGCUGUGUCCCUCGGACAUAGCGAUUCACCGAUCAACGGAAAGAGCCAAAUAUGUCAGCUCAGUCAUGUGAUCAGCUGUGUCCAAUCACAGCUGAUCACAUCAGUGCCACCUGUCAGUGUCCAUCAGUGCCAGCUGUCAGUGCUCAUCAAUGCCACAUAUCAGUGCCCAUCUGAGCUGCCUUUCAGUGUUACCUAUCAGUACCAGUCAGUGCCACUUAUCAAUGCCAGUCAGUGCCACCUAUCAGUGCUGGCAAUCAGUGCCAGUCAGUGCCGCCUAUCAGUGCCAGUCAGUGCUGCCUACCAGUGCUCAUCAGUGCUGCCUAUCAGUGCCCGUCAGUGCUACCUAUCAGUGCCGCCUAACAGUGCCAGUCAGUGCCACCUAACUUUGCCAGUGAGUGCCGCCUAUCAGUGCCAGUCAGUGCUGCCUAUCAGUGCCGCUUAUCAGUGCCAUAUAUGAGUGCUGCCUUUCAGUG